CGUCUUGCAAAGUGAGGCAAGAAAUACGCUGUGUCGAAACACACAUUAAUUGUAGCUAUUAAAUAAACAUUCUCCAACUUAACACGAACUAUCUUAAGUGUAUAAACAUUGACAGAUUUGACUUGCAUCUGCUUGGAACCAUAACAAGCUCAACAGACUAUCUUGCAAUGAGUACGAUUGACGACGGGUGCAUAUACAAUGACUUGUUUGAAUUCGAUUCAAUAGAUUCGACUACAACAAUAAACAAAGAGGAUACUUCAGAGACAGAAACAUCACCAUCAAACAUUUUAUUAGUUAAAUCAGAAGAAGAUGACAUUUUCAGUGGGGAUUGGUUAACAUUCGAUACAGUACCAUUUGAUGAAUGUGUAGUCAAGGAUGUUUACUGGUCUAAUAACACAGAUGAUCCAGAAACUCAGUUGAUGUAUGACUCGAUAGAUAGCAAAUCUGACGAUUCAGACAGCUCAAACAGCUUAAAUGAACAAUAUAGCGAGAGAAAUACGAAACAUUACAAAAACUUUUAUGGAGAACGGAAAAAAAGUGGAAAUAUUAAAGGCACUCAAUCAAAGGAUCCGUAUUUAGAAAGUCAUCGUUUACGUCUAAACGCGAGACAAAGAAGUCGUGUAUCAAAAACAAACGACAUGUUUAAACAGUUAGAUGUUAUUAUACCGGUGUAUAAAGAUUCAGAGAAUAAAAGACCACGCUCAAAUUCCAAAUUAGCAAUCCUAAAAAGGGCUAUAAAAUACAUGAACGAUUUAUCAGUAUUAUUGUCAGAUACAAAUCGCUGAAAUAACUUGGAAGAGACACUGAAGUGGGCGAGGAGAAAGGUAGACGUUAUCAGUUUCUAAAAACAAGAGCUUGUGGUGAGUGGAUAGAUUGUAUGGAAUUAGAGACAAAAUCUACUUUAUCAGUGUUUAGAAUAAUGUAAUUAUAAACUGAAAAAGCAAUUCGAAUUGAGAAUUUUUUUCAUUACAUAUAAAUAUGCUCAUCUUUAUAUCAAAGUUACAGUAACUUCUGAGAGAAGAAAUACAAAAGUAUAUA